AUGGAGAACAAACUAAAAGCAAAGCCAUCCUCAUUCAACGUUCAUGGUUCAUCGUCAACAACAACAAGAGAAUGGCUGACAGCAAGGGAGUAUAUACUCAAAGUACAGCCUCCUUCAUUCAAAGUUCAUGGUUCACCAUCGUACGCAAGAAAAUCGAAGGCAAAGCUACCAGAAACUAGCAACAAGAGCACUGCUAAUGCGUUCAAAGUAGGGCUGUCAAUGGAAAAAACUGCGAAAGAAUCAAAAGCAAAGAAAAAGAAGAAAGCAGCCAAUUCAUGUAUCAAACUAGUGCAAGAUGUCUGGUUAAACGAAUCCAAGAACACGAAUUUUGUAUUCUCUCCGUUCUCAAUUGAGAGUGCUCUAGGCUUACUAGCUUCCGGAGCAAGUGGUGAAACCUUAAACCAGAUAUUAAGCUUUCUCAGCUCUAAAAGCCUCAACCAUCUAUAUUCUGUUAAUUCUAAACUCAUUAAAUCCUUAAGCGAACAGGGAACUGAACCCAUACUUUCUUUUGCUAGAGGUGUUUGGAUUGAAAAAUCUUGUCCCAUUAAACCUUCAUUCAUAAAAGUUGCCGCCGCGGUAUAUAAAGCAAAAGUCAGAACCCUGGAUUUCAAAAAUAAGCGAAGAGGUGCGGAACAAGGUAAAACAAAUGGGUUAAUACAAGAGCUUAUUCCUAAUGGAGCAGUCAAUGAAAAUACAAAGUUUAUAUUGGCGAAUGCACUCCAUUUCAAAGGAUGUUGGAAGGACCCAAAUCAAUUUGAUCCGAUGCUAACCAAGAAAUCCAAGUUCUAUCUCCUUCAUGGGGGAAAACCAGUACAAGUUCCCUUCAUUUCGUCCAAACAAAGACAAUAUAUCACUUGUUAUGAUAGCUUCAGAGUACUUCAACUCCCAUACAAAUGUUCAGGAAUACCCGAAACUGCUGGUGGUCUAAGUUUUCGAUCAUCAAGAGUACUCCAGGAAUUGGGUAUUGUUCUGCCUUUUGAUGAAUUCAAAGCAGAGCUGACGGGGAUGUUGAAUACUAAUGGUACUAGUAAACCUAAGAAUGAUGGUACUAGUAAGCUCCAUGUCUCAAAUGUUUUUCUCAAGUGUUUUGUUGAAGUUGAUGAAGAAGGAACGGAAGCUGCUGCUGCUACAGCUAUUUUGUGGAACAUACAACGUCGCAAGCGUCCUCCUACUCCUCCUCCUGUUAAUUUUGUGCCUGAUCAUCCUUUCAUGUUUAUUAUAAGGGAAGAGCAGAGUGGUGUGGUGUUGUUCAUGGGACAUGUCCUUAAUCCUUUGUUAAAUUCGUGA